AUGCCACUUCCUAUCCUUGACGCUAGAGCGCUGAACGGAGGCACUGAGAAGGAGCGGAAAGCAUUCGGCGAAGCGCUGCUGACCAGGCUCAAGGAAGACGGAGCGGUAAAGCUGGUCAACACAAGCAUCCCAGAUGGCGACAUCUCCAACGCUUUCAGCUCGUGCAAAGACUUCUUCCAUCUGCCGCAAGACCUCAAAGCGCAGAUCGCAAACGACCCAAAACAGGCCCAACAGCGUGGCUGGAGCGUGGCUGGUGAAGAGAAGACGUGGUUUCUGGAGAGCAUCAAGAACGGCGGGCCAGCGCCCAAGUUCGGCGACUCGCGAGAGAGCAUCGACAUCGGUUCGGUCAACGACAAGCAGUUCCCAAACAAAUGGCUGCCUCCGACGGUGCUGCCUAAACACCAGAACAUCAUGGAGUCGCUUUUUGAGAAGUGCUCCACUCUGAGCUACGAGAUCCUGGAGACGCUGGCCGCGGCCGCCGGUCUCCCGCGCAACGCCUUCACCGAGCGCUGCACACACGAGGCCAGCACGCUGCGCAGCAACAACUACGCCGCGCUGGACGUACGUCUCCUGGAUGCUGGGGAGAUUGGGCGGGCGUGGCCGCACAAGGACUUUGGCAUCAUCAGCUUGGUAUUCCCGGGAGUCGUUGGCGGUCUCGAGUACGAAGUGCGCCAGGCCGAGGCCGGCAUCUUCGAGCCCGUCGGUUUCACCUCUGAGAGCGACAUCGUCCUUCUGGUGUCAGAAACGAUGCAGCGCUGGACGAACGACGAGUUGCGGGCCUGCUUGCACCGUGUCCAGAAGCCGAGCGCCCAAGAGGUGGACGGAGACAUUGCGCCGGAGCGGACAUCAAUGGUCUUCUUUUGCAAGGCAGACCGGUCGGCCCAGGUGGGGCCCAUGCCGCAUUUCGUUGGUGAUAAGGAGCCCCUGUACGAGAACAUGACAGCGUUGGAGUAUCAGGACCGUCGGAACAAGGCACAUUACCCGGGGUAG